GAUAAUUCCGUUCAAUUCCUCGGCAGAGCCAUUGAGUUUGGUUAUAUCAACCAUCGAGUCCCAAUAGAAUCGUUACUAGCAUGCCACGAUAGCUCUGCUACAUUCAAUACCAAGCAUGAAGCUCUCCAGCAUCCUGGCCAUGGGCCUGAUCACCGCCACUCAGGCUGUUCCCACGAAUCGGAACCAGCCCAAGAAGCAGCCGAACUUUAUCUACAUCAUGACAGAUGAUCAGGACCUGACGAUGAAUUCGCCAGCUUAUAUGCCGCAUGUCCAGGCCAGCAUCAAGGACAAGGGAACGAAUUUUGCGAAUCAUUUUGUCACCACGGCACUCUGCUGUCCGUCGCGGGUUAGUUUGUUAACGGGGAAGCAAGCGCAUAAUACGAAUGUGACGAAUGUUUCACCGCCAUGGGGUGGAUAUCCCAAGUUCAUUGAACGAGGGUUUAACGAGGACUUCCUCCCCGUUUGGCUGCAGAAUGCUGGGUAUAAUACCUAUUACACGGGGAAACUCAUGAACGCGCAUAGCGUCGACAAUUACAACACUCCCCAUGUGAAAGGAUUCAACGGUUCCGAUUUCCUGCUCGAUCCAUACACCUAUUCCUACUACAACUCCACCUACCAGCGCAACCAUGACCCUCCUGUCAGCUACGAGGGACAUUACACCACCGUCGUGACCGCAGAGAAGACACUGGGAUUCUUGGAAGAUGCGUUGGCAAGUGAUAGGCCGUUUUUUCUGGCUACUUGUCCGAUUGCACCGCAUGCGAAUAUUGAGCCGGGUGCGCUGGCAGCUGACGGGGAUACGUUGAUGACUGCUGCCAUUCCGGAGCCGAAAUAUGGGGGUCUGUUUCAGGAUGCUAAGAUCCCUCGUACGGAGAAUUUCAAUCCGAAAGAUCCAACCGGAGCAAACUGGAUCAAAACCCUUCCCCUCCAAAACCAAACCAUAAUCGACUACGAAGACCACUAUUACCGCCAACGACUCCGCUCUCUCCAAGGUGUAGACGAUCUCGUCAACUCAUUGAUCCAACGUAUAGAAAGCAGCGGCCAGCUAGAAAACACGUAUAUCAUCUUCACAUCCGACAACGGAUACCAUAUUGGUCAACACAGACUGGCACCGGGCAAGUCCACUGGUUUUGAGGAGGAUAUCCGGGUUCCUUUUUUUAUUCGCGGACCGGGUGUUCCUGAAGGUCGUGUUGAUAACACGGUCACAACGCAUAUUGAUCUGGCGCCUACGUUUUUUGAGCUAGCUGGGAUUCCGCUGAAGGGGGAUUUUGAUGGAACGCCGAUGCGUGUUGCUGAGGAGUCGAGGGGGAUAGUGCAUGAGCAUGUUACGGUGGAGUACUGGGGGAGUGUGCCUGUAGAGGGAGAGUUUGCCAGUGUUGCAUCACCACCAGGCACGAAACGAAACACAUACAAAUCCAUCCGCAUCCUAGGUGAGGGAUACAACCUCUACUACUCCGUCUGGUGCAGCAACGAGCACGAGCUUUAUGACCUAACGAACGACCCCUACGAAAUCCAAAACCUCUACCCCGGCCAAUCCGCAAACACAACCUCAACAGAUCCACACCUCUUCAACCGAGAUCUAUCCACCCUAAUCCCCCGCCUAGACGCCCUCCUCAUGGUCCUGAAAUCUUGUAAGGGGAAUACAUGCAUUAAGCCGUGGGAUGUCCUACAUCCGGAUGAGUCUGUUCAGAGUCUGAGUGAUGCAAUGGAUGAACAGUAUGAUCGGUUUUAUGAGGAGCAGCCGAAGGUGAGUUAUAGUAAGUGUGAACAAGGGUAUAUUAUUGGGUCGGAGGGGGCGCAGGGUGUUUUGAAUUGGGAGGCGUGGAUGUGAUACUGAUAUGGGGUGUAUAUGACGGUUGCUGUAGAUAGUUAUGAUCAGUGAUGCCGUAUGUCAGGUACAAAUCGACGCCGAUCAAGCGAUGAUCUGAUCCGAUCCGGAGCAAUCAUCAACAUCAGAUCGAUCCUCGAUGAUCGGUGGCAAGUAGUGUGUACUAGCAGUACUUGUAUAAUCUCCGAUAUAGGAUCCUCAAUAUCCCGAUCCCAUACAUCGCACACAUCACAACUCCAGAACCAGC